GUUGCGAUAAGCGUAAUAUUCUUCAUCGUUUUUAUCAGCAGCGGUGACUUCUCUAUGCCAAGAGAGGACAAAAUGGAGCAAAGCAUAGCGGAGAUGCAAACCCACCUGCAAUUCCUCGAUUCGCUUUACCGUGCUCGUCUAGAGGACCUCCUUACCUUGCAGAAUAAGGUCCUUGCAAGUCGCUGUUUCAACGAAAGUCACCAUCAUCAGCCGACAUCGUACGGCGACACGGUUACGGUGACCAUUACUCCGGAGCUUAUGACAUCAUUGAAAAAUCUUAGCGGAACGAAGACGGCGCAAGGAGUUCAGCCCAAAAAUCUCCAACUUUUUCGCACUCCUUUUGUUUUUCAACUACUCCCACACCUGAUGAAUGACCCAAACAGCCUCCGCCCCUCUUAUCACAUGAAGUCCGGCCGAGUGUUUGUCGACGUUGUUAUCGGUAUACCGACAGUUAAAAGAGAUAAGGAGAGCUAUCUCUUGAUUACACUUACGCACCUGGUGAAUGGCUUGGCUGAGGACGACGUUAAUUCGACUCUCAUCGUCGUGUUUGUCGGCGAAACUGAUUUGGAGUACGUUGUGAACACCGCUCGCCAGAUUGAAAUUACGUUUCCGAAGCAAGUGGAAAACGGUCUCAUCGAAGUUUUGUCACCAUCGUCAUCUUAUUAUCCCGAUUUCAACACAUUAGAAAAAACUCUCGGCGAUUCGAUGAAGCGCGUUAAAUGGCGUACUAAGCAGAACCUGGAUGCCAUCUAUCUGAUGUCUUACGCUCAAACCAAAGGCACCUUCUAUCUGAUGCUGGAAGACGACGUUAUCGCCAAGAAGAACUACAUGCAGGAAAUCAAGCAGUUUACAGCAGCGACAACUGUUGCCACACCUAACUGGUUCUUCAUUGAGUACUGUCAAGUGGGUGGCAUUGGCAAACUCUUUCGUUCAUCCGAUCUGAUACACUUCGUUACCUACGUGCAGCUUUUCUACAAUAACAUGCCCAUCGACUGGCUGCUGGAAAGUUACCUCGCUGAUCGUGUCUGUUCCAUUGAUAAGAAUGCGAAAGCCUGCUCUAAAAGCAAAACCUCAAUUCGACCGAAGUAUAAAACAUCGCUAUUCCAACACAUCGGUCUCUACUCUUCACUAAAGGGAAAGAUUCAGAAAGUCAAGGAAGCUCAAUUUGGUUCGGUACCUACUUAUUAUCCGCACACCAACCCCCCUCUGGAAUACAUGAGAACAGAUAUCGUAGAACAAGGUGAUCACACACUCAAACGGGCGUAUGAAGGUCAAACUUAUUUCUGGGGCAUCAAACCAAAGAAAGGCGAUAUGGUUGAAUUUUGGUUUGAAAAACCAACGGCUAUUAAAAGCUUCACUUUCCGUAGUAGCAACGUCGACCACGUGACUGACAAAUUCUACGACACCGUUGUGGAAGUGUUGCCAGCUGGCACCAACAAUUAUACUGUUGUUGGAACAUUCGAUGAAUUUGGUCUCGCUGACGGUGAACUAAAAAAAGACGCUGGACCCUUCUCUGCCAUUCGUCUCCGCGUACAGAGCGACAGCUUCUACUGGGUCAUCCUCAGCGAAAUUGAAAUAAUGACCCACGAUGGCCAUAAAGAUACGAGGUGACAUGAUACACGAACACCCUGGGAGAGAUUCGACAAACAGAUGAAGCCACCGCAUAUGAAGAGACACCACACGAGGCCCAAGACUUCUAGACAUCUUCACUAAACAUUAUAACUUGCAAUUUCAGAUUUUUCACGACGACUUUUGGCUUUUGGCUUUA